AUGAAGGUCGACCGUCAGCUGCCUCCGACCUCCCGUCCUAAAAAUCGCAUGGUGCUUUCAUGCGCACCUUGUCGAAGGCGCAAGGUAAAGUGCGACCGCGCCAGACCGUGCAAUCAAUGCAUCCGUUCGGGGAUCGUAAAUGCCUGCGACUAUAGUCCCCGGACUCCCCCCGCCAAUGCUCUUCCUCGUCAAUCACCGUCACCGUCGCCUGUAUCCUCACUGUCUCCCCGGCCAAUGACAGUCUCUGCUUCUACGUACCUCCAUCGAUCACCUAGACUGGACCAGGCGCGAGAUCCAUCAACCCUCAACCAGUCCGCUGGUUGGCAAUGUAACACCCAUCGUACCGCAGAGGAGGCCUCAAGCGUGAAUGUCCCCCAUUGUCCACUAUCACUUCUAGAGAGUAGUGCUCUGGGCCAUUCACGACCUCCGGGAAUGCACAAGGCCUCAACGCAGCCGCAGUCCUUUUUGUCAUUCCGCGGAAAGCAGCAGAGGACCAGGUUCUUUGGCCGUAGUCACUGGGCUACUACCCUGCAAAUGGUGAGACCGCCAUACUUCGUCGCGCCUAUUUCCCUACCAUUGGCUGAUCAGUUUCACAUGCAGUUCCCAGGACUCAUGGAUCAUCUACAAGACUAUCGACGGAUGAAGGAAGGUCCCUCGGCCUUCCGGUUUGAGGAGUAUCUGGUGGCAAAACGCUAUAAGAAAAGUCGACGACCGGCUGUGAAACACUGCCUCGAGAGCUCGCCGAGACGACACAAAGCCCGGUUUAGAGAUCUGUUACCUAGUCGCCAGCUAGCGGAUUAUCUCACUCACUUAUACCUCUCGCACUACGAGAGGACGUUUCGGGUGGUGCAUGUGCCUUCUUUUCUCCAAGAAUGGGCUGCCUUUUGGAACCCCGGGCCGACGCCCCCAGAUGAAUUUUGUGCAACAGAGAUUUUUUUGGCGAAAGUAUUGACCAUGAUGGCUUGCGCCAGUUGUAUAGCUGAUGAUGAGGCAAUUGCAUUGGCAGGGUCAGAUCGGUCAUCCCUUUCGCAAAAUUGCCGCGACUGGAUUCAAGCGGUGAUAUCAUUGAUAGGCCCUGUAUCCGACCAUGCCCGCCUCAAUCUCGAUCUAAUACAAGUAAAAUGUUUGUUGAUCAUUGCUCGCCAGGCCACCGCAUAUGAAGGUGACUUGGUUGGUAUAAUAGCAGGUUCCCUGGUACGAGAGGCCACGAUGGUGGGCCUCCACCGCGAUCCAGCACAUUUUCCAAACAUGUCUCCAUUUCAAGCGGAAAUACGCAAACGACUAUGGUUGACCGUGGUUGAGCUAGAGCUUCAGACGGUGCUACAUCUAGGUGUCCCUUUAGCGCUCUCGUGGGAAGACUUUGACUGCCCACCCCCGUCAAACAUUGACGAUGAAGAAUUUUCCGUCGAUUCUCUUUCUCUUGCGCCCGAGCAACCCAUUACGACUUCCACAAGGACGACUUUUCAGAUUGUUCUAGCCCGGACCUUGUCAGUCAGGAUGGAGAUCGCCGGGAUGAUCAAUCGGAUUCGAUUAGACAUCAACACAACUGAAACUAUGAGGUUGAGUGACGCUUUAACAAGCAAUUUGGCCGAGGCUCCCGCGGAACUACACGAAGACCACUAUUCAAACGACACGACCGAUAGUACGAGCAGCUGGGCCACCUUUCAAAAGUCAUUCUAUCUCUUUCUUAUGUGGAGAUCUAUGCUUGCCCUCCACCGACCUAUCUUGCUGAAACUCGCUGAUGUGCAGAAUGAGCUGUUCUUGAUCUCUCGAAGAACUUGUGUUCAAACCAGCGUAGCCUUAUUGGCGCAGUUAGAAUCGUUUUCGGAUAUCUCUCAUUCCAUGUCAUCUUAUCCUGGUCGCGUCUUCAGGCCUCACGUGCUGCGGCUGAGAGGUGGUUUGUUCCAGGAUGAUGUCUUUCACGCUGCCAUUACCGUCUGCUAUGAACUUCGUUUACAGCUCAAAGACAGCAGAACGUCCCCAUUCACUGGUCCAAUCUCAAAUUUGAUCACACAAAGCGCCUCGUAUCAUCGCUUGGCUCUCUUCCAGAGUAUCGAGAACGGCAUGCAGUAUUUCGAAAACAAGGUCCGGUGGGAGGCGCGGGCCUGUAAAUCCUUUUCCAUCCUGUACAUUCUGUUCAUGACUAUUAAAAGCCAAUUUCCCACCCAUACAAUGUCCGCUAAUAGCGAUGAACGCUGCGAACCGAAGCCUUUGACGGUGGAUGAGGCUUGCUCGAAGGCUUCCCGUCACUGUCUAGAGGUGUUGCUAGAAGGAGAAAGAAUGCGUCACUUGAUUGAGACUCCGGACGAUGAAACAAGUCACGAUGCGCCUCCUCCAAAUGUAAGUGUUGUUUCUUGUUUCGUCUCGUUAUCUGCAUCACGCGGUUUGAGCACUGACCUAGAACUUCAAUUCAGAACACAGUUCCAGACGGGAUAG